GGAUUACGCAAAGGUCAGAGCGCAACUGCGUCUGUGAAUCAGCGGAAAUGUUGUGACGUGGGAACCUUUGAGCGUCCGUCGAAGUUUUCCUGACGGACCCUAACAGACGACGCACAGUGUGCAGAUCCAAACAUGCCUCGCGCUGCUCGGAACCAGCUGACUCCGUGGAUAGAGACCCUGAUCCUGGGUUAUGGCAGCCGGGAGGGGAGCAGCGACGGCGGCCGGCUGAAGGCUCAUGUGAUCGGGGUGGGUCAGAUGUCUCAGUCCCAGGCUCUGAGCUCCGAGGGACUCACCGGGCUCCUCUUCCUGUCCGACGGGGCGCUGCAGCUCCCCGCCGUCCUCACCGCCUCCGCCUGGGAGCAUCUCCAGGAGCAGGAGGACCGCGAGUGCGUCACCAGCCUGGUCAACACCACCGUGUGCAUCCGGGACUACCGGCUCCAGUUUCACGUGGCCCCCCAGCAGGUCCGGUGCAGGUUCUUCCUGUCGGUGGGGGAGCUGGCCACCACUGCAGCGGGUCCGGUCAGAGACAACACCCCGUGCUGCACCUCCCUGCCCUCCGUCCGGCAGAAGAUCUGCCAGACGUGGAGGGCGCUGCAGGGCCCGGAGCUGCUGGACUCUCAGAGGAGCCAGGGCGGGUUCGACCUGUCGGAGCUGCUGGGGGAGUGGCAGCACGACUGUGUGCAGACGGUGCUGGAUGAUGUUCGGGAGAGGCUGCUGGCAGCGAGCAGCCCGCAGCCCUCCACUUCCGCUGACACCCCGCUGCCCACCCACCCGGGCUCCUUCACCGCCACCAGCUGGGACGUGGACAGGGUGAGAUACAAAGCAGUGAAGCGUUUCAUCGUCCCUGUGAAGUCUCUGCUCCUCCCAGAGGAGGAGGCUCUGCGGCUGCACACGCCACCUGAUGUCAGCAGCAGGACUGAGCUCUCCGCUGCUCCUGAGGACACAGAGACAGAUCCACCGCCACCCCCCCCAGAGACCACGCAGCCUCCCAGUGAGGAUGCAGGGUCGACGAGUUCCACGCCAGCAGCGGGAGAGACAAACGCCAACGAGGUCUCCCCUCCCCCUGUGGAUCAAGAGGACGUAACCACACACGUGAUUGACAGCCACAUCACCUUUUUAACCAACCCGUGGGACAUUUAUCCUCCACCGUGCACAUCCUCAUUCUCUGAUGAGUCCCCAGAAGCAACGCCAGCAAGCACUCAGCACACGCCCACCGCCACUGAAUCAGAGCCCGACCACGCUGCCAUGUUGACCAGCACGCAACUUCCUGUCCCCGGCCAGGAGACAACAGGGCACAGCAAGGGAGAACACAGCUACUUCCCACCAUACCAGCAACCGCCAUGUUCGACCAGCCUCCCUGAGACGUCAUCGUCAUCUCCUGUGAGUCCACCAGAACCGGUCUCCAGACCAGCGGACGCGUUGCCCGCCGCAGACGAGCGCUGCACCCGCACAGCUCAACAAAAUCACCUCGCCGAGGACGGAGAAGGUGAGAUUUGGGUGAAGGACACACCUGAUGAUGGACAGUACGGGAAGAGACGGAGAUGUGAGGUGGCACCAGAAGCUGCAGUGGAGGAGCAGAGGGGGGACGCUCAGGGGAGCGGGAACCCUCCAUCUUGGCUCUUUGACACACAGGCCAGCCUCUGGGCUGAAGAGAGCGGCGCUCACACAAAGGGUCAAAGUGCAGGAAGCGUCUGGAGGAAAACUCCCACAGUUCACAGCAGCGGCGGACAGUUCUCUUACUCUUAUCAAGUGUCGGGACAGAAUCUGCAGGACUUCAGUGGACUCACAGUCAGUGAGUCUCUGCUGCACUGGGCGGUGAAGUAUCUGGUUCCAAAGACGAGAGAGAAUCCGCUCAACGAGUCCGCGACCUCUGACCGCACCAAGGUCACGUCACUGUAGCUUCCACUCGUUCAGAGACAACUCACGUUCUUCUUCCAUUUGUUCUUUAAAGCUGAGUUUGUUUUUAUAUGUUGUGUUUAAAGCACUGAGAAAAAAAAUCUACUUUUUUACUUGACUUACUUCUUUGUUUUAAAUAAACUAUGAG